AUGGGAGACGCCAGAUCCGAUGUUAAGAAAUAUGCUAGGUCUGCGAGAGUCAAGGGUGUGGAUCUCAGCAAUGUAUACUCCGAAAAUGUUGCUGCAAAAAUAUUCCAGGUAGCACAGCGGGGCUUGAAGCAGCAGGCGCCAUUACCAUUUUACCCACACACGGUUCCCCAAGAGGGACUCGGCUCAAAGCGAUACGAAGAGCGCGAAGCCGACUUCUGGACGUGCGGCUUCUUCCCAGGAUGUAUAUACGCACUCCUAGAGCGUGCCAUGCUAUACCCUCAGGCCAUCAAUAUUCCGGAUCAAGUCAGGCCAGAUUUUCAAGACCACUUGCUGAAACUUGGACGGCAUUGGGGCGUUGCGAUCAAUGAGAUGUCUAGCCGAACAGAUACGCAUGACAUGGGCUUCAUCGUACAACCAGCUCUUCAGAAAGACUGGGAGCUGACCGGAAAUAAAGAGAGCCUACAAUCAGUUAUGAACGCUGCGUAUGCGCUUGCGUCAAGAUACGACGACAGAGUUAAGGCAAUACGGAGCUGGGAUGUUGCAAUAAAUGACCGGUACUCGAUAACGGACAUGAACACUAAUUUCUUAGUCAUUAUUGACAGCAUGUGCAAUCUUGACCUCCUCUACUACGUCGGUUACACUCAGAACGACCAAAGCCUGAUCGAUAUAGCAACACAACACGCCGACUCAAUCAUUCAUGAGAUUCUUCGCCCAGACUUCUCCUCCUACCACCUUGUCAAUUUUGAUCCCAGAUCCGGCCUACCACAAGCGAAAAUGACAAAUCAAGGCUGGAAAGACAACUCCACAUGGAGUAGAGGCCAGUCGUGGGCAAUCAUGGGUUUUGCGCAGACUUUCAGCUGGACGAAAGAUAUCAAAUAUUUAGAUACGUCGAUCAAGUGCUCAGAAUACUUUUUAAGGAGGUGUAGAGAGGGUGAGGGGAGGUGGCCUUACCACAUGGUUCCGCUGUGGGAUUUUGAUGCGCCCCAAGAGAAUUCGAUAGAUCCACUGAGAGAUGUUUCAGCAGGUGUCAUUGCGGCAAAUGGGCUGCUUAUUAUUCACCAGUCGCUCCAAUCGCUUCCCACGGACAUUGCAGCCCAUCUCUCCUCAUCGACCAAUUUUCUCGAAACCGCGCUGCUGAUCAUGUCUGAAACGCUGGACAUGUCGUAUGACCGGGAUUUAGCGUCUUUUGAUGUAUUGGCGAAAGCACUGGUGAACGGAAAUCCCGUUAAUGAUGUACACGGAGUUGGUGAAAUCAGGGUCAAAGAGAGUGGGUUCGAGGGCUUGCUCCGAAACAGCACAACGAAUUGGAAUGAGCAUGCGCAUAUGAAGUAUAAGGAUCAUGGGCUGGUAUACGCAGAUUAUUAUCUUCUUGAGUUUGGCAACAAGUUGUUGAGAAUGGGUUUGUUAUAG